GGCGGUGGAGGGAGAGGGGAGAUGACCAGAGGAGGGAGGAAGACAGAAGGAGAGGUAGGAAAGAGUGUCCGUGGAGUAGAGGACAGUGGAUCCAGGGCUGCGCUUCUUGGGGCUGCUCCUGGGCCUCCUGAAACCUAACCGGACAGAAGGAGCAGUGGCGGCCUCAGAGCGCUGCCCUCCCCGCGGAGGGCACUUCGGGAAUGCAGCCGCUCCCGCCGCCUGUGCCUGGCCCUCUGGCUCUGCUGGAUACCACAGAGGGUUUUGGAAGGAGGAAGAAGAUCUCUCUGUGGUUUGUGGGCUCUCUGCUGCUGGUGUCCACGCUCAUCCUGACCAUCGGCCUUGCUGCCACCACCAGGACAGAGAAUGUGACCGUGGGCGGCUACUACCCAGGGAUCAUCCUGGGCUUUGGGUCCUUCUUGGGAAUCAUUGGCAUCCACCUGGUGGAGAAUAGAAGACAAAUGCUGGUGGCGGCCAUCGUGUUCAUCAGUUUUGGUGUCGUGGCGGCAUUCUGCUGUGCCAUAGUCGAUGGCGUGUUCGCAGCACGGCAUAUCGAACCAAGACCUCUCAGCGCAGGAAGGUGCCAGUUUUACUCCAGUGGGACCGGGUACUUGUAUGAUGUCUAUCAGACAGAGGUCACCUGCUACUCUCUGAGUGGAAGGUGCCAGCUGAAAGUGAGGAGCAACACGUGUUACUGCUGUGACCUGUAUGCUUGUGGGAGCACAGAGUCCUCGCCUGCCUACUAUGAAUUUGUGGGUGUGCGGAGCUGCCAGGAUGUGAUCCACCUGUACCGGCUGCUCUGGGUGUCCACAGUGCUGAAUGUCCUGGGCCUGUGCCUGGGCAUUAUCACAGCGGCAGUCCUAGGAGCCUUCAAGGACAUGGUCCCUCUGUCUCAGCUGGCCUAUGGCCCAUCUCCACCUCCUCAGAUCCUCUACAACCCUGCCCAGCAGAUCCUAGCCUACACUGGCUUGUGCCCUCCAUCUAUGACUGUGCCAACCUGUUCCUCCUACCCUCUGCCACUUCAGCCCUCCAGUGCCCUGCCGGCCUCGUCCUCUGCUGACCUCUCUCGGCCUGAGGACACAGAGUCUCCCUCCCAGUGCAGCUCCAGCCAUGGGCAUUCUCCUAAUGCUCCUUCACUCUGCACACCAACCUACUUCCUCCCGGGGGAGAAGCCUCCCCCCUAUGCGCCCUGACACGGAGGCAGUAGAUUAAAAAGAGCUUGGUUUGGGGGUUGCCAGAAAUAAAACAAAAAUUAUAAAGCCAUCCGUCAGAAGCCUGCUUCCGCAGCCAGCCUCGUAGAGGAUUCAGAAAGUAUCUCGAAGCUGUGCACUUCUCUUGGACACACCCUCCGCCAGCACAGGCCAGGACCAGAGGUGGAAGCAGAGCCGGCCGGGUGGCCCAAUGGCACCUCUGCUGUACCCCUCCCCCACAUGAAGACAGCAGCAAACCAUACUAGACCCUAGUCCCAUCAUCCAGAAGGGCUUCUCUGCACCUGCCGUCACUCACAGCUGCGCCAUCCUUAGUCUCCUUGGUUAUCAGUUGCUAUUACCCUGCAAAGGAAAGGGAGCCAGGCAUCUCUUUGGGUGAAGAUUGUUCCUUCAGGAAAUGCGUUACAGGUUGACUACUUCUGUGAGCACGUCCCCGAGAAGGAACAGACAAAACCACUUCUGUGAGCAUGUCCCCAAGAAGGAGCAGACCAAACCCCUGAGCUCUACUUUUCUGAUUUGAAGGAAAACAAGCUUGGAGUAGAUACCUAAAGCUACUUCUAGAGGCCUUUGAGUUCUGCCUCUGCGUAAGAUCCACCUUUUGGUGGACUCCAAAUCUCACCCUCAUUUUUCCCUGUGGUGCUCUGCUGACUUGUGGCCACUGGUUUAUUCAUUAAUUAGCUGUUGCGUGGACACUGGGGCCUUUCUUCCCCCUCUUGAUGAGGUCCAGAACUAGCAGGUGGGGAUGGAGGACCAGUCUGUGAAGAUGCAGUUCCUGCGCCCCCUGCUGGUCAAGGCCACUCUGUCCAGCAGCUCUCACCAGGGCAGGCUAGAGAGGUUUUCUAAACAGGGUUUCCCACAAAGGCCCACAACACAGGUCCAUGUAGGAAGGUGACGGGUCUGUCUGUGGAGAAGAUGUACUGCAGCUGCUCACCGAUCCCUGAAGGGCUGAGACAGCUACCGGUUGCUGAGGACUGGUCACUGUGCACUCUUCAUUUUAUUGAGAAAGUAUCUUGGUUUCUAUUUGAUGCUGACGGACCUUGGAUCUAGCACAGUCUUGCUUCCCUACAACAUCCAGGAGCUUGGCCUUAGCCUCUCUAUAACCCUGGACCAAUAUCAAACAAUAUUCUGCUGACUUAUAUUUACACCAAUGUAUAUACUAGGCUAUUUAACACCUCUUAGGACUCCAGUUUCAGAGGCAAUUGUGAACAGCUCCUUAGAAUUGAACCUGGAGGCAACAGGACAAAAUCCUCUCUAUAUUUGGAGGGGGCCUUGGGCACUGCUCCUUGAUGGGGUCAGGGGCGAGUUGGCUCUGGUCCCUGCCUUACAUCUACCCAGCAUGCACAGUCAAGCAGCUCUACCAAGGGGCUUGGACAUGCCACCGUGCUGGCUGUGGAAGAAGUAUCCUACACAGCGACGGCAAGACUCCUGUCACUUGUGGGGGUGAGGUUCAGGAUGACUAGAAUGACCAGAGGCACAGAGAUGCAAGGAGCCGCAUAGUAGGCUGCUGUUUUACAGGACUGCGCCAAAGAACACGUCAUCCAUGUAAUGACCGCACAGAGAAGAGCCAAGGCCUGGAGGCUGAUGGGAGGAGGGUUUCCAAGGCACUGGAGCCUCCUUGGUGCAGGGCCCCCACACUUCCCUAUUUACUUUGAUAUUACAGUACCCCAGUUUUGUAUUCAGUAGUCCUGGGCCCAAUGGGCUCGACUUCUGAACUUCCUGAAGCUGGCCCCCAGGUCUCUGAAGAACAACAGAACUGCAUGUCUGGGUAUAGAGCCUAUGCCCACUGGAGGCAAGAACUAUUGAGAAACGUUGCAUGCCAAGGUCAAUAGUUUUGUUCAUUGCCACAAAAAUGUCUUCCUCCCUUGUCUUGGAGAAUGGUAAGGUUCUGUACCCUAGUCUCCAGAACUGCCCUCAUAAGCCACACUAACCUGCAGUGUGGACCAGGCUGGGAAGCCAGCUGGAGCCUGCAUGCUCAGUGGCUUCUGGCCCAGCCAGCCCUUGAUGGCUUUGUCUCUCUGAAUGCCACCUGAGGGUCUGCUCUGUGUUUGGUUUCUGCUCUGGUUAGCGAGAUUUGCUUACGGCCACCCGUUUUGUCAUUGAAUCUAUCUCUUGCAUCUGCUUUUGGAUCGAUGGGAGAUGGGGUUGUCCUGAGUCUGCAGUAUGGUACCAGCUGACGACUCGCAUGAGUGUGUAUGGUCAUGUAUGUGGUGGGCCAUGCCCCACUGGUGAGAGACACUGGGCUAAGCUCUUCUGCUUCAUCAGAUGAGCCUGCCUGAGUCAGGGUUCCACUUGCACCCUCUCCUCUGUGGCUCACAGAACCCUUAGAGCUCUGCUUCUCAAGACCUAGUAUCAAUAGCCUGGUAAAGGAUGGCAUGGAUCCACAGACACGCCUCUGUGUGCACAUCCUUGUUGAUCAGCAGAGGAUGCUCUGUCGGGCCUGCCUGGGUCUCCUCCUUGCUUCUCUCUCAGGUGGUCACUCUGUCAGAUUUGUAGGAAGUCAUUGUCUGUUCUGGACAGGGACCCUGCGAUCCUGGGUGUCGCCCCUGCCUUCAGUUAGAGCACAUAGCAUUCCUUUAUGUUUAAAUGCAUCAUCAAUCUGCGGGCUUUGUGAUAAGAAAUACAGUGAAGUGGUCUCCUGCCCUGAAA